GGCGGCCGAGGUGGGGCAUAUAUAUAGCGGGGGCGCCCUGGAGCCGCGCUGUGUGAGCGUGUCGGGGUUGCUCUACGGCCUGCGAGACUCCUGAGAUUCGUCCGCCUCUUCCCCUCUUCGCUGCGGUCUGUCGGUUUGUUUUUUUCCUCCUCAAGGAAGAAAAUGGCAUCUGUUGCAGUUGAUCCUCAACCGAGUGUGGUGACUAGGGUGGCCAACCUGCCCUUGGUGAGCUCCACGUAUGACCUGGUGUCCUCGGCUUAUGUCAGUACAAAGGAUCAGUAUCCCUACUUGAAGUCUGUGUGUGAGAUGGCAGAGAAGGGUGUGAAGACCAUGACCUCUGUAGCGGUGACAAGUGCUCUUCCUAUCAUCCAGAAGCUAGAGCCACAAAUUGCAGUUGCUAAUACCUAUGCCUGCAAGGGGCUGGACAGGAUUGAGGAGAAAUUGCCUAUUCUGAAUCAGCCAACAUCACAGGUUGUUGCCAGUGCCAAAGGGGCUGUGACUGGGGCGAGAGAUGCUGUGAUGACUACUAUGACUGGGGCCAAGGAUUCUGUAGCCAGCACGAUCACAGGGGUGAUGGACAAGACCAAAGGAGCAGUGACUGGCGGGGUGGAGAAGACCAAGUCUGUGGUCAAUGGCGGCAUUAACACAAUUUUGGAAAGUCGGAUGGUGCAGUUUGUGAGCAGUGGAGUAGAAAAUGCAAUCAGCAAAUCCGAGAUGCUGGUAGAUCAGUACCUUCCUCUCACUGAAGAAGAAAUAGAAAAAGAAGCAAAAAAAGUUGAAGGGUUUGAUGAAGUUCAGAAACCAAGUUAUUAUGUGAGACUGGGGUCUCUGUCUACCAAGCUCCGCGCUCGGGCCUACCAGCAGGCACUCAACAGGGUUAAAGAAGCUAAGCAAAUGAGCCAAGAGACUAUUUCUCAGCUUCAUUCUACUGUUCACCUGAUUGAAUUUGCCAGAAAGAAUGUGCAUAGUGCCAACCAGAAAAUUCAGGGUGCUCAGGAUAAACUCUAUCUCUCAUGGGUAGACUGGAAGAGGAGCAUCGGCCAUGAUGAUACAGAUGAAUCCCACUGUGCUGAGCACAUCGAGUCACAUACUCUUGCUGUUGCCCGAAACCUGACUCAGCAGCUCCAGACCACAUGCCACACCCUCCUGUCCAGCGUUCAAGGGUUACCACAGAACAUCCAAGAUCAGGCCAAGCACUUGGGGGUGAUGGCAGGCGACAUCUACUCAGUAUUCCGCAAUGCUGCCUCCUUUAAAGAAGUGUCUGAUGGCUUCCUCACUUCUAGCAAGGGGCAGCUACAGAAAAUGAAGGAAUCUUUAGAUGAUGUGAUGGAUUAUCUUGUUAACAACACCCCCCUCAACUGGCUGGUAGGUCCCUUUUAUCCUCAGCUGACUGAGUCUCAGAAUGCUCAGGACCUCAAGACCAGCCAGAAGGUCCAGCAGUCUCAGCACAAAACUCAUUAAACCUUUCUUGUCACCAGUGCAUGUUGUAGCUAUAUAGAUGACAUCAUUUGUCAUGUUAAAAUUAACCUGCUAGAUAACUCUAAACUGGAAAAGCAGCCAAUUAGGAAAAAGGCCUUCAGUUGUAGUCAUUUACAGCUGGUAAGAGCCUUAAAGUUUCUGGCAUUAGGAGACUUGAGUUACCUGGCUGGUAAGAAAAGAAUGGUAGGCUUGACAGAGCUUCACUAGAACUCACAAAGUUUAUGUGCACUUAGGGUCUCAUUCUAUGGCCAUUAUGUUGCUACUGUUAAUGUCUGUCUGUAUUGUAUAAAAACACCCUCGUGUGGGCUCUGGUAUAAACUAGUGUCUGCUCCAGUAUAGUCUGAGCAGGCCUCAUCAUUGCUUUAUCUCUUAUGCUUGUUCAACUUAAUUUUAGUUUCUUUUUUUUUUAAUUAAAGGAAUACCAUCUUUAAAUUCAAUAAAAUUCAUAGUAGAAUAGA